AUGGCGUCAGUUCGCUCUUUGGGCGUCCACGAGCCCUCCGCCGUCUCCUACCUAGUCUCAGAGGGAAUCCUCCCUCCUGAACCCUCGGAAGACCAUUAUAACUGGACGUUAUGCGUCGACGAAAGCGGAUUGACUGGCCCUGUGGACGAUGAGUUAGUAUGGACGAAACACUGUGUUGUAUGGUCCCGCGCAGGGAUGGUGAAGCGAGUGUUUCGAAUGGACCCUGAGAAAGAAGAGAUUCGACAUGCUCUGUUCACUCGUUUUGCAACGGAAGACACGAAACACUCCAAAACCACGCCUUCAAGUCGACCUGAAGCAACUACUGGUACGCAAAAACAAAAGCGGACUGAAAUCUUGUCAACAUUGGAUCUACAUGGAGAUGCACGAGUGGCGGUUGUAGCUCCCCAGCACUCCAGCGAGAUUCUUUCUAGGGCUUUGGUGGUAGUCCUCAAAUCGCAAGCUCAUAUCUUCUUCGUGGCGGGCAAUAGCCAUACGAUUCCCCUUCCAUUUGAGGUUGACUCCGUCUUUGCUACACCUCGAGGUCUUAUUUUCCAAAGAAAGGUCCAGGAUGAAAAUGGUGACAGUCAACACCCAACUGCGCCACCGAAUUCCUUCAUGUCAGCCUCGCUAUUCGACCCCGGUGCCUCUCAGUCAUUUUCUCUCAGCAAAAACAAACGUCCAUCGACAAAAUCGUCAGCUGCUCCAGGUCCUUCCUGGGUGCCAAAUUCCAGCUCUAGCACGGACUUACCGCGGGUUUUCUCUCUCAUUAACCCUCAUUCCGAGAUGGGUCUGGUUGUGACAUCGCAAACAUCUCGCUGGCUUCAGAGCAGCGUCAAUAGCACCAGAAGAAGACCAUCUGGAUUAGAGGUGCUAGAUCCUGUGGAUGAGAUUGUGUAUAUCUCUCCAAAAGACGAACUCUCUGGCACUAAUAGACCAAACAGUAGCCCUUUGAUUCUAGUGGUUACCAUCAACACAACUACGGGUAUCUAUACGAUAUGGACUGCGCGCUACAAAGAUGAUGAAUCCGGUGGCUCAAUGAAAGAUAAAGCCAGACGGGAAACUGGAGGUACCCGGUCAGUAAGGCGAAGCUCGCAUUUCGGGAUGGCGACUGGCGCGACAACACCGGCCGCUCGCUCUGGAGCAACCCGAGAGAGCUUUGGGCCUCGGACCGACAACUGGCCUUCCACUCAGCUAUCUGAAGGGAAGACCGAUGCUGAAGACGACUUGGCUUCGAGAGUAGCCCAAGACUUCGGGGAUGUCGGUGUCCCCCUCAAAACAUCAAGACGAGUCAGCUCACUGCUCGCCCGAACAGAUCUUGCAACUAGUCAGGACCGUAUCACUUUUUCGGACUUGGCCACUGGCAGUCAGUCCAACACCAUGCCUCAUGGUGCUGGAUUCAGACAAUCUGUUGGAGGAGCAAGCACUCGUGCAAGCUUUGGUUUCAACCCUCGAGGCUCUCUACCUCCAGGCACAGGGUCUGUUUACAGCACUGCAGGCAGCUUUUUGGAUACCCCAGUGGACAAGCUACUCGAAGAGCUCAACAAUGACAGUCUAUCUCCCGGGUUCGAGAAUAUUGCCCUACGCGAAUCGACAUCCGGACUCCCAGAAGAACUUAUAUUGACUAAGGUUGAAAGUUUCUCGUCCCAAUUCUCGGGCAGCUUUCAAAAGGAGCCUGCAUCCCGCCGGUUGAAGGUCUCUACAUUGGCCUCCACCGAGUUUGGAAGCGCCCACAAAGGCAAUACAGCUUCCUUGGCAGUAUACAUCGUGGACCAAGAGGCGCAGAAAUUAACUAUUGUGAACCUGAGGGCCGACCGAGAGCCAACCCCCAAGAACCGGAAGAAAAAGUCCAAGGCCGCCGAACAGCGUCCGUUACUCGUGCGUGCGGUAAGGAUUCAAAAUGUCUCAAAUGUCCUGGAUGCUUGUAGAAUCUCCGAUGGGGAUCUUUCGCGGAUACUCUCACUAAGUGAAACGGACAACGGACACCGCGAGCUAUCAUUGCAAACCCUGUGGGGUAGUCCCGUCAAAGUUGAGGUUCCUGUGCCAUUACAGCUGUAUGAACCGGAUGGCAUCUCUGCCAAUAAACUCGAGAGUCGCCCGAGGGAAAGUGGUGUCAAUCGGGUCAUGGUGGAUCCCGACCUCGUCUUCAACAAGUUUGAUCAUGGGUGUUCUCGAGGGAAGAUCGACCUGGUAGACACCGAUAAACAGCGCCACAGACUACAAAUCCGAAUGGAGCCCCGCAACGAACUGGUGAAGAAAAUACUCAAGAUCUGCAAGUUUGCCUUGCGUGAGUCCGAGAAAGCGGGUGAUGGCAUUAUGGUCGCAUGGUGGGAGGUCAUGAAAUGGCUUUGGGGCAAGGAAGAAAACAACAUUGAGUGGACCGCCAUGACAACUCCCAAACGAGCGCGUCGCAAGAAGGGUCUACUCAGAUCGAGUAGUGGAGGACACCUGGACCUGGAAAGCUGGGAGUCCAUGCUGGACCUGGAGUCUGGCUCAUCCGGUGUCGUAGCUCCGUGGAUGAUGGACAGUUCCUGGGGAUGGAUUGUUGAACAAGACGCAAUUGAAGGUCUUGCAUCAGGAGAUGCACACAAAGGUGCCAAUGCCAGUCGGUCUACAUAUCGCCAGAAUUCGUACUUGAUCCGGUGCAUCGCCCUCAGCCGUGAAUUCCUUCAAACUCCUGAAGGCCUCAGGGCUGCUGGUCGCGACGGUUACCUCCCUAUAUCUGAAGCAUUCUCAGAGAACACAAGAUGUACCGCAUUGUGCAGUGUUCUCGUGGCCUUGCAUCUAUUGCGUGAAGAACAGAAGCUCUCCACCUGCGACUCGGAGGAGUCCCAAAAACCCCUGGGGUUGCUUGCUCCUGUCAUCGCACAGUUGGGCGGCUGGCUAGGAUGGGAAUCCUGGAAAUGGACCGAGGAUGCCUAUUAUGGCACGGAAAUGGCUAGCAUGGAGCGCUGGCAGUUUGAGGAUAAUACUCAUAUCACUGGGCUAAAAGUUCCUGCCGAACCCUUCCCGCCACCGUCCAUAUUCGAAUUUUUAAUGGGUGCUGCUGCUCAUCGAAGCCCUACGCCGUUUGUUUCUCUUCUCGAUAUUGUGAAUGCGUCCGAGCGAACUCCCAGAAAAGGGCGAAUGUGGCGCGAGUGUUUUAGCAUCACACCAAGGACGUGUGCGUUGAAUGGUUUCUUCGCCGAAGUUCAUAGUGUCUCAACACCCUUGGAAAAGAUCAAGCUUUUGCAGCGCUGGGGGUUCACGAAGAGUGUCAUUGAUAGCUUCCCAGAAGGUGUCAGCGCCCCACUUUGUGAAGCUGUUAUGCAAUGCCAGAUUGAAGCCUCCACGUCCUGGAACGCAACGCUCCUAGAGCUGAUUGACAGAGAAGACCUUUACAUGUCGAUGAACCCGGCUCAAACCAAUUCAUUGGCCGCACCACAGCAACCUAACCAUAAUGCCAUCCGGGAUUUCCAUUAUAUCAGCAGCUCGGCAUUAGAUCUUGAUGCCAUCAACGCCUUUGAAGCAUCUGCAGAGGCCGACCGAUACUCAGUCACCAGGCUGAUAUUCCGAGAUGAUAAGCGAUUUAUGGAGGCAUCUAAACUACUCAACCAGUCCAAAGCACCGGUGGCAGAGUGCAUAGCCGAACCUGGCUGGAGUGACUCGGACUUGUUAGAGGCGCAGAAAGAAAUUGUGCAGCUCGUAACAGUUCGAACGUUGUCUACUCCAGCGGGUCGUGCAAUGCUCACUUUUAGUGGCCGAUUGCCUUUGUUGACUGAGAAGCUACCGAUUCCUUCAUUUUCCCUGCAGUGCGUCAUGAAGCCGGACAAUGUGACUGUCAGCGCGGAUAGAUCUGCGUUCUCGGAAGAAAAGGUCUGCUGGGCCUUCUUCCACAACGGAGUAUCAACCGGUCUGGCAAUCUCCAAGGCUUCGAAGGGCAUCGACACGUCGUGGAUCUUGUUCAACAAGCCACAGGAUCUUACCAACCGACAUGCCGGGUUUUUGUUGGCUCUAGGUCUGAAUGGCCAUCUUAAAUCGUUGGCCAAAUGGGUUGCUUUCAAGUACCUCACCCCCAAGCAUACCAUGACAUCGAUUGGCCUCCUGCUUGGUCUCUCUGCGUCGUACCUGGGCACAAUGGAUACUCUAAUCACACGCUUGCUUUCAGUACAUGUUACCAGAAUGCUUCCACUUGGAGCAGCUGAGCUGAACCUGUCGCCGUUGACUCAGACUGCUGGAAUUAUGGGCAUCGGUCUACUUUACUGUGGAUCCCAACAUCGCCGUAUGAGCGAGGUCAUGCUAUCGGAAAUCGAAAACAGUGAGCAGGACGAGCAAGCUGCUGCCACCGGAGAGGAACUCCGCGACGAAGGAUAUCGUCUGGCCGCAGGCUUUGCCCUUGGUUUCAUUAACCUUGGCAAAGGCGAUGACUUGCGGGGCAUGCGCGAUAUGCACAUUGUUGAACGAUUAUUGUCAAUCGCUGUGGGCACCAAGACCGUCGAAAUCGCCCAUGUGCUCGACCGUGCUACGGCUGGCGCGACCAUUGCCCUCAUGAUCAUCUUCAUGAAGACAAACGACUCGGUACUAGCCAAGAAGAUUGAUAUCCCUGAUACCACUGUUCGCUUCGACUACGUGCGGCCAGAUCUGUUCCUGUUGCGAACACUGGCACGACACUUGAUCAUGUGGGAUAGCAUCAAGCCCACUGCUGAGUGGAUCAGCCAGAGUCUGCCUGAAGUCUACCGGGGACGCUCACGACUCACAGAUGUGCGCCGGCUGCGCAGCGAAGACAUGCCAUUCUUCAACAUUAUUGCAGGCCUCUGCUUUGCUAUCGGUCUCCGCCAUGCUGGAUCGGGACAAACACAGGCCCGAGAUCUGUUGUUGUUUUAUCUAGACCAGCUUAUCCGCAUUUCACGGCUACCAGUGCGAAGCUACGACGCUAGACUCGCCCGCAAUUCGGUUCGGAACUGUCAAGAUGUGGUAGCCCUAUCUGCCGCGGCAGUCAUGGCUGGCACAGGUGACCUAGCUCUCUUCCGACGCCUGCGGUCGCUCCAUGGUCGGAUCGAUGCGGAUACGCCAUAUGGUAGUCACAUGGCGGCACACAUGGCUGUCGGAGUACUCUUCCUCGGAGGGGGCAGCUACACACUCGGCACAUCCAACCGCGCUGUGACCGCGCUCAUCUGCGCAUUCUACCCGAUCUUCCCAACAACGGUCCUUGAUAACAAGUGCCACCUCCAAGCCUUCCGCCAUCUCUGGGUUCUCGCUGCUGAACCACGAUGCCUUGUCCCUCGUGAUCUUGAUACCCGCCGCCCAAUCUCUACCCCUAUUACCAUAACAUCUCAUGACGAGACCACCCGCACCGUCAGUGCUCCCUGUUUACUGCCAGAUCCUAGCAGUAUCGCCCGUAUCGAGAUACGCGGACCAGACCACUGGCCGCUCGUUCUAGAUUUCAGCCAGAACGAUGCCCUACGCGAGAAAUUCCUCCUCGGCGACCCGUCCGUCUACCUUCGCCGCAAGGCAACCUACAGCCCAAGCUCUUCAACCUCCGUCUUCGCGUCCACCCUGACCGGCCUCAGUGAAGCGCAAGAUAUCCUCCCAGCAACCGCCGGUCCUCUCUCAAACCCAACCAAGGGCCUCCCACCCUCGGCAUGGCCCACCCGCACAGCGCUACUCACCGGAAAGCCAUCUGCAGCGAUGACUCCGUCCCAAAACCCUUGGGACUGGGUCUUCCACCUCCCCUCCCUACAAGACCUCGACAUCCGCGAGCGUUCCCUCGUCCUCCCGUCUUCCUUCCCGAUGCGCUCCACGCGUAUCACCACCGAUCUUGUCUCUGUGCCACCUUGGCUGCGUACCUCAGCGGUAGAUGCAAGACUCGCUCUGUCGCAUACUGUGCGCAACAUCGUACAAUCCGCGCGCGGCCGUGGCGCCGAUCCAGACCAAAUUCGUGAUCGGAUCUGGCAGCUUCGUCUGUUGUUUGAUUGGCUGGAUCGUACUCAGCCCGGCGAUGAACGCGACCAUAUUUCGAGUAGAGGGCUGCUAUCCCCGGCGCAGGGUCAGCCGUCAGGGCUGUGGUUGCGGAGAGACUUUGUUGAGGAAGCUAGGUGGCAGGUUUGGGGUGUGCAAGUUGGUGAUCUUGAGGGUGAAACUCAAAUAUAA